AUGUCUGACGCCGCUACCGUUGCCCCAGCUGCCGCUGCUGCUCCAGCCAAAGCCGCCAAGAAGAAGGUUGUAUCCAGCAAGCCCAAGACUGUAGCGUCUCACCCACAGUACAAGGUCAUGAUUACCGAGGCCGUCUCCGCGUUGAAGGAACGUGGUGGUUCUUCUCGCCAGGCCAUCUUGAAGUACAUCAUCGCCAACUACAAGGUGGGAGACAACCCUACCGCCAUCAACGCUCGUCUCAAGGCUGCCCUGAAAGCCGGAGUGACCGCUGGAAGUCUGAAACAGUCCAAGGGAACUGGAGCUGCCGGUUCAUUCCGACUUGGAGACAAAGCUGAGAAAGCUCCCAAGGCCAAGAAAGCCACCAAGCCUAAGUCUCCUAAGAAGGCCGCCAAGCCCAAGAAGCCAGCAGCUGCCAAGAAACCCAAGUCCCCUAAGAAAGUCGCCGCCGCCAAGCCAAAGAAACCAGCAGCUGCCAAGAAGCCCAAAUCCCCAAAGAAGGUCGCCGCCGCCAAGCCCAAGAAAGCCAAAACCCCAACCAAGAAAGCAACAGCAGCCAAGCCCAAGGUCGCUAAGCCAAAAGUGGCCAAGAAACCUGCAGCCAAGAAGGUGAAGACUCCCAAGAAGGUCGCAGCAGCCGCCAAGUAA